CAGCGAUGCGGUGCUGCGAAGGUGACACAGUCGUCCCGCACCGAGAUUCUUGUGCAAGCCCAGACAAUGGCGGACGUGUGCAAGAAAUUAGUUGCCAAGCACAGCCAGAACCCGAUCGUUUCGAUUGUCGCGGCCACAUCGCUUCUGGGAUUUGCGUGGCUCGUAAAUGACUUUAGGGAAUGGACGUCUUUUGGGACGGGAGGGACAUCUCCUACCGUUCGUGGCUACAUCCGCAUGACAAUCUUGCGACUGAAGUUCUUCUUCAACAAUGUCUUUGACCCCUCGGGGCUGAGCACGGAAGGUCCUUCGUACCUCAAGACACCGCUGCCCAAGCGCGCCGGCGCACCUCCCAAGCUCAUGCCCCGUAUACUGCCGCAGCGCCAGCGACCGGAGCCCAUCCCUCCACAGGUGCGCGACAGGCUGCAGAAUCUCAUGCUCACGCUCGCAGCGGAGCACCCGGAGCUGUUCGCAGUCAAGCCGUCUCACACGGAAGGCAAGACGACGGACGGCCUCUACGCGCUGGAGCAUAUCCCCACCCUGAAUCCGCAGGCGCGGGACAGAUUGCUGAACCAUGAAAUCGCACACGCUCAUCCCGCAGAUAAUAGCUUGCACGUGUGGGUUAGCGACCCUGACGCACGUAAGAUUAUGGAAGCUGGAUGGGGGUGUCGGUUCUGUCUACCAUUUGUGAAGAGUGGCUGGACAAUGGUGUAUGCCCCACGUAGCGAGGAGGAGCUCAAUGUCAUUGAGACGAUUGUGAGAGCAGCAUGCGCGUGGAUUACAGGUGUGGAGAUCUAAGUCUGCAAUCUUCCUCUAAGCGAAAGGGUGAUAUUUCCACAUCAUCGUGGUACUGUAUGUUUCUCAUUUAUGAACAUCUCCUUCUAACGUGGCUCUGUACUUUGGAGAUUCGGAAUUUGGCACUUUAGGACAUAUACAUCAUUUUUGGAUGGGAUUUGAUCAAUUCGAGUAAUAGUGAUGCCUCGUUUCAACGGCGGUAACCAGUCUCUUGAAAACACAUAUGUUCUUGCAACAACCUUCUGCUAGCUCGAAAUGAAAAUGUAUCCAAGUCA